UAUUAGUAUUAAGAGUUAGAGCAAUUGGGUGCUUUCUUAAUAUCGCUAGUACUAUUUUAGAUGGACAUUCUGGCCUUGGUUUCUUUGGAUAUAAUAGUACUCUCAUAAUCAUGGCGGAAACUUUACCGGAAAUGCAAAAACUUGUAAAGGAGGCUUCAGAUAUAAAAUAUAUACCUGGAGCCGCACUAAAAACAUAUUUCCGUUCAGCAAAUGCUUUGUUAAGACAGGCACAUCGAUAUAAAGAAGAAAAUGACUUAAUCAACGCAUUUAAAUUUUAUGUGAGAUACGCAACGUUGACGCUCGAAAAGUUACCUCAUCACCCAGAAUAUAAGAAACCAGAACACAAGGCUGGGAAAGUAGAGCUUGCCAAAAAUUCAAAGAUUGUUCUCGAUGAAAUUGAAAAGCUCAAACCUAUGAUUCAAGAACGCUUUCGACGUUCUGCAGAAAAAGAAUUAGUAACAAAUGAUAUAUCUUUGA